AUGAAGGCCAUUUGCACAGCUAUUGACAAGACACCCAACUACGUCUUGUGGUCAGUCAGAUCACCCCACAAGGGUGUCGAGGGCUUUAGUGAACGGGGUUUCCCAACGUCAUUUGAGGGAAAACGGGCUAGGAUCGUCAAUUGGGUCAACCAGCCCCUCGUACUGCAACAUCGCGCACUCGGAGCCUUCAUGAGCCACUGCGGAUGGAACUCCACCAUUGAGGCCUGUACCCUCAGUGGCAAACCGGUCAUCUGUUGCCCUAUGGGUGCCGAACAAUUUGUCAACAGCCUGCUACUAACCACUCAAAUGAAGAAUGCUGUGGCCGUACGCGGCAUCGAUCAAGAAGUACUCGACUCCCAAGAUAUCGUCAGCAAAGUGAAUGAAGCAAUGACCAGCAGCGAUCUAAAAACUCGAGCCCAAGAAAUCAAGGGUCUGUGCAAUGAUUGCGCGAAGAAUACCAACGAGGGCGCGUGGAAAGUUUUAUUCGACUCCCUCGCGACGACCUCGAGUUAA